CGACCAAAAAAAUAAUGUUAAUUUUGAAUGAUUGCAAAAGGAAACUCACGUAUAUAAAAAAGAUUUAAAAGGAAACUAUAAGAAAAUGGAAAGCGAAUCAAACAUUGGACGCUUAUAAAAAUCAAAUUCCAACCUCACAAAGCAAAACAGCUUCAAUUUUUUUUUCAUCUAGUUCCAUCGAGAUAAUGCCAGGACUCAAAACUCACAUAAUCGGAAAAUUCAAAGACAAAGCUUCGAUAGGCAAAGCAAGAUUGGUUCAUAGUUUCGGGUCCACCGCCGUCAAAUACAUUCACUUAGCCCUCUUGAAGUCAACAACUCGUACUCCUAACAAACCACCAAACAGUGACUAUGUCUCCGCUGUUAUCUCUUACUCCAACAGCCGUUACGCUCCGGCGGCUUUCUCAGCGGCUCUGUGGAGGUUACGUGUCACGAAGAACGCUAUUGUGGCCACCAAGUCUCUCAUCGUCAUCCACAAGCUUAUCAAAUCAUCAAGAGACAAGUUUGAAGGACUAGGUCAUGGUCGAAACAAUCUAAAGUUGAACGAGUUUUCAGACAAAUCUUCUAAUCUCACGCUAGAAUUGUCUCAGUGGAUUAGAUGGUAUGGACAAUACUUGGAUCGUCUCUCGUGGGUUCCGAAGGUAUUAGGAUCUUUUCCAAAUUUGUUGGUGAAUCCAAAAGAUAAAGUUGAAGAGAAAGAUCGUGUUUCGUCUUACCAAACCGGGUAUAUUAUAAGACAAACGGAUUCUCUUGUGAGUUUUUUUGAGCAUAUAUGUACCAGACCUGAGAUUCCGCCUAUGUUCCAAAACAAGAUCGUGGACGAGAUUAGAGAGCUAGUGAUUGAAGACUAUUUCAAGAUUGUGAGAUUGGUUAUGGUACGGCUUCAGGUGUUGUUUGAACGAUUGAUUAAACCGGGUGUUAAACCUAUUGGUGAUCUCGGUCUGAACGAUUUUAGUCUGCUUUUGGUGAGACUUGUAGAAUGCAAGGAGAGCUUGAGUGGAUUAUUUUGGCGUUGCAGACGUCUAGCGGAUGAUUUUUGGUGUUUGGUUGAGAUGUUGAAGGCUGAAACAGAAAAGAAAAACAAUAAGCAGAUGAUUGAAUUGGCCGGUUUGGUUCAGACUACGGUUAAGGACGAUGAGGAGAUGAUUGAAUUGGUUGGUUCGGUUCAACCCGAAUGGGUAACAUUCGACGAUUCUGAUUUCUGAGACAUUAACACAUGAAGUUACAUUGGAUUCCGGAUGGGUAACAUUUGACGACUCCAACGGAUUGACGAAUAAUUCGGUCUGGUUGGUUCAGUUAGGUGAAGCAAGAUCCGGUUUACACAUGGUAGACUUCUCACUAUACGUACAUAAAUACCAGCUUUACGAUUUAAUUUGGUUUUUGUCUUGACUCUUGAGAAUGGGUUAUCUCGUUUUUUUUCUUCUAAUUAUGUUUGAAUCCUUAUUUCAUAAAGACAAAGAAGAAGUGAUUCCGUAUGUAAAUAAACCUUUUAUGAAUUAUAUGAAGUGAAAGUGUGCAUAAUUAUUUUUUCUGUUAUUUAUAAAGAAAGCAA